UUUUGCCUUUACUCUCCGCUGCUGCCCUCAGUCUGCUAUCCUGCCGCGGCUGCUAGGACGAGGCCAUGAAGCUCGACGUGAACGCCCUACGCUACCUGUCCAAGGAUGACUUCCGGGUCCUCACCGCCUGCGAGAUGGGCAUGCGCAACCACGAGAUUGUGCCCGUGGAGCUCGUCGACCGCAUCGCCGGAUUGAAGCAUGGAGGCACAUAUAAGGUGCUGCGGAAUUUACUGAAGAACAAACUGGUUCACCAUGAUUGCAAAAAGUAUGAUGGGUAUCGCCUAACCUAUCUUGGUUAUGACUUUCUCGCAAUCAAAACAUUGGUGAAUCGCGGAGUCUUUUCUUCCGUUGGCCGUCAGAUCGGCGUUGGAAAGGAGUCAGAUAUAUUUGAGGUUGCCACGGAGGAUGGAACAGUGUUGGCCAUGAAGCUUCAUAGGUUGGGUAGGACAUCUUUUAGGGCUGUCAAAUCGAAGCGUGACUAUUUGGCGCACCGGAGGAGCUUUAACUGGCUCUAUCUAUCACGCCUUGCGGCCCUAAAGGAAUUUGCUUUUAUGAAGGCUUUAGGAGACCAUGGAUUUCCUGUUCCCACGGCCGUGGACUGCAACCGGCAUUGUGUGAUUAUGUCUCUGGUGCCGGGGUAUCCACUUGUUCAGAUAAGCAAAUUGCAAAAUCCAGACGAUGUCUUUGACAGAAUUCUCGGGCUUGUAAUUCGUUUGGCGGAGCAUGGACUGAUACAUUGUGAUUUUAAUGAAUUCAACAUCAUGAUUGAUGAUGAUGAAACAGUUACGAUGAUUGACUUCCCACAGAUGGUAUCUGUUUCACAUCGGAAUGCCCAGAUGUAUUUUGAUCGAGAUAUUGGGUGCAUCUACAAGUUCUUUAACAAAAGGUUUAAUCUUACAGAGAAAGGUGGACAUGAUGGGUCAGAAACUGAUGAUGAUGACAGUGGCAGGCCGUCCUUUCUAUCCAUUCAAAAGUCUUCUGGUGCCUUGGACAAAGAACUAGCUGCCAGUGGCUUCACCAAAAAAGAGCAGGUUGAGAUAGAAAAGUUCAUUGAUGAGAACGCUGAAGAAAACGAUUCCAACUCAGAUGAUGAUGAUGAUGAUGUUGAUUCAACAUCAGAACGAGAAAGUGAAGGUGGCGAUGAUGUGUCUGUUAAAAUCAAUUCCUUAAAAAUAGCAGACCAGGAUUGUGCCAGUGUUCCUGAUCUUGUCGAGAUGCACUCAAAUGCACCUGUAACUCUUUCUGAUGAGCAUGCAACAAGCACAAGUCCCAGCGGUGAGAACAAAUCGGCAAAUCCAACCACUGAUAGCACUGGAGAUGCUAAGGGAUCGGCUGAAUCAGGAGGUGAUGAUGAGGAGUCAUCAGCAGAGGAUACUGAGGAUGAAGAUGAUGCCUUGCUGACAAAGCAGCUGAACAAGCAAAGGAAAAGGGCAAUGGCAACCGCACUGGGGCGGAGAAGGCCGCUCACCUCAAGGAAUACUUACAAGGACAAGGGGAAGGGCACCAUGAAUUCCAAGAUCCAAAAGCAAGCAUGCCAGUGGUGAAUGAUAUGUCUGGUUCAGUUUCUAGCAGGAGGUCUUACAAUGGGUCAAGUCUAUGGACAGUCACGUAAUAACUGAGUUUGUUAUAGUGGCAUGACGCUUGUGUUUCUGUUCUCUGUUUUGGUUGUUGUACUGGUGCUCCUCCAUGGUUACACUGCUGAGUAGUUGGAAAACAAUGUAAUACUACUCCGGUAUCUUGUAUUAUCAGUUCAGUACAGUAAUAUUUCUUACCUUUGCAAUGAA